GUCUCCGGAAACAUGCACUGACAGGCAGCCGGUAUACGUCAUGGCGGCUAGACGACUAUUCGGGGCUACCCGGACCUGGGCUGGCUGCCGGGCUCGGGAGCUCCCGGACCCGGCCGCUCCUGGAAGACUCCUCGUGCGGGGUUAUGCCAAGAAGCCGGUCAUUAAGGGUGGCAAAGGCAGCAAAGCUGGUGUGGGCAGUGAUGCCCUGAAGGACCCAGAGGUGUGCACAGACCCCGUCCGCCUCACCACACACGCCAUGGGUGUCAACAUCUACAAGGAGGGCCAGGAUGUGGUCCUGAAGCCCGAUGCUGAGUACCCCGAGUGGCUGUUCCAGAUGAAUGUGGGGCCCCCCAAGAAGCUGGAGGAGCUGGACCCUGAGACCCGGGAGUACUGGCGGCUGCUGCGGAAACACAACAUCUGGCGCCACAACCGGCUAAGCAAGAACCGAAAGUUCUAGAGGGGAAGAAACUGAGCACAGUGACCCUCCAAAGGAUCUCGAUAGGCCCAACAUCUUCCCCAUCCUGCUUCACAGAAGAGUUUUUAUUUUCCUGGAGAAAACAGACUUUUCCUUACUUGUGUUCCUGUGUGGCCCCCACCUCAAGGCUGGAUCAGGGUCCUGGGGACCAAUAAAGACCUCUUGGGGAUGUCAUUGGCAGACCCUGGA